UGGCCUCGCUUAAAACCUCCCUCGGUGGCUCGGUACACUCGCUUCCCUCCCGCUCUUAUGGGAGCGAGCCAUGGUCUCACUCUUCGCUCCCCGCCCUCUGCCCGCCCACCUCCGCCGCUUCCCCGCCGUCUCCUUGCCCUCCGUCGCUCUUAGUUAUCUCUUUUCUCCACUCCCAUGCCACGCUCGUAACCUGCUCGACGUAUUGCCCCUCAGGGACCGCAAUCCUGGCGGCGUAGCAAACGGCGGUACCCCAAGAACCGAGGAAGGUGCAGCAGGUUCACCCGUCGUCUCAUGUACAGCGGCGCAGGGCGAUGUGACUCGAGAGGUCGAGGCGAGCGUUUCGUCAGGACAUGGAAGGAACCGGACGAGACGCUGGAGAAGAGGGGACAGCAGGCUAGUGCUCGGAGAAGGCACGGACAGGGAUGUCAAAGAGAGGGGUUGGAGGGGAGGCCCGGCGAGGACUGGGGAAUCUGAAGGACGCAGGCGUGAUAGACGCUGGACGAGAGGUGGAAUGCGGGUGCAGGAAUCUGGUAAGGAUGGAAAUUUGGGAAAUUUGUCCCCAAGAGGUGAGGAUAGAGGAGGAAAUUUGAAGAGGGGGAAGAGAUUAAAGAGUUCUGAGCAGGGAGUCAUGCUAAGAGUUGCGCUGGAUUUGUGCUCAAAGAGAGGAGACGUAAUCGGAGCGAUCAACCUGUACGAUUCUGCAGUGAAGGAGGGGAUCAGGAUGGGGCAGCACCAUUACAAUGUGCUGCUUUACCUGUGUUCUUCUGCCGCCCUCGGGAUUGUGCAACCAGCAAAAAGUGGCAGUGCCGGCAAAUUAGAUCCAGCUUCUGUCGAAAGCUCGGGCCAUCCGGAGGACAGCAAUGUACCUGAAGGCCAUGUUCAAAACCAGGAGGGAAAUGAGACUAUUCUGUUUCCUUCAGUGCAAAUAGGUAGCAGCAUACCGGUAAGUGAUGAAAUCAGAGAGUAUGCACGGACUCGAGGGUUUGAGAUAUUUGAGAAGAUGUGCUCGGAGAAAGAGAGAGUUGCAAUGAGCAAGGCUGCGUUGACUGGAGUGGCCCGUAUGGCAACGUCCAUGGGGAAUGGUGACAUGGCCUUUGAGAUUGUCAAACAAAUGAAAGAGCUGGGUAUAACUCCUAAGUUGCGCUCAUAUGGUCCUGCGUUAACGGCAUUUUGUGAUAGCGGAAAUGUUGAGAAGGCAUUUGAAGUGGAAGCCCAUAUGUUGGAGUCUGGGGUCACACCUGAAGAGCCUGAGUUGGAGAUGCUUCUUAGGGCUAGUGUGGUCGCCAGACGGGGGGACAGGGUCUAUUAUUUGCUGCAUAAGUUCAGGAAUACUGUAAGACAGGUAUCUCCAUCCACAGCUGAACAAAUUGAGGCUUGGUUCAGGAGCUCAACAGCAUCUAAAGUGGGGAAGAGAAAGUGGGAUGCCUGUGCUUUAGCAAAAGAGAUUGAAAAUCAUGGAGGGGGUUGGCAUGGUUUGGGCUGGUUAGGGAGGGGGAAAUGGACCAUAACACGCUCACACAUUGACAAGAAUGGCGUCUGCCUUGCUUGUGGAGGCAAGUUAGCUAUUAUAGACCUUGAUCCAAAAGAGACGGAAGAUUUUGCCACAUUAGUGGCAACAUUGGCUCUCAAGAGAGAGAGGACUUCGAACUUCGAUAACUUUCAGAUGCGCUAUACAUGGAGCCCACCAUAUAUGGAGAUUACUUCAGUUAUGGAUGCUGCCAAUGUUGGUCUUUUUAGCCACAGACAUCUUUCUGUGAGUAAGGUUAAUGCUGUUGCUGAUGCUAUACAGAAAAGGUUUCCAUCAAGAAAGUGGCCUUUAAUAGUUGUGCACAACAGGCAUCUCACUGGAAAGCACAUGAAGAAUCCUGCUAAUCAUAAGUGGGUCGAAAACUGGAAGCGAGCAGAUAUUAUAUAUGAAACGCCUACUGGUUCAAAUGAUGAUUGGUACUGGUUAUAUGCUGCUAUCAGAUGGAAAUGCUUGAUCAUAACCAAUGAUGAAAUGAGAGACCACACGUUUCAGCUAUUGGAAAAAGAUUUCUUCCCCAAAUGGAAGGAAAGGCAUCAGGUACGCUUCAGUUUUGGUGACAGCUGCGUUACAUUUCAAAUGCCACCUCCUUGCUCAGUUGUAAUUCAGGAAUCGGAGAAAGGUCAUUGGCAUAUCCCUCUCAGUGAGGAAAGUUUGCUGGAGGAAGAACGGACCUGGUUAUGUGUGAUGAGGCGCAGUUCACAGGCAUUAUAUAAUGAAGCAGGAGUUAAUUCAGACCUAUGAGUAAAUCACAACAUAUAUUUAAUCCUUGUGAAGCUAAAUGUUGACCAUUCUUUUCUGGACUAUCAGGUUGUCCUGGUUGCAAUGACAUAGCACCAAGUUGGUUGUCUUGGGGUUGGUUAGCCAUCGACUGCUGAAGUUCCCAGGGUGGUGGUGGAAGGUCUCCGUUUUGAUCCUCUACACCUGUUAAUAGGAUAUUUUCAAAUGCUAUUUGACAUGGCAACGAGUGACAGGAACAAGCGCCAGUGAGUUUGCAGGCUCAGGUUUGAUGUAAUCAUCUCCACUAAGGAGGUCAAAACUGGGUGCAGGUGCAACAACAGCUUUUGGACUGCUAGAUGAUGGAGGCGCAGGAAGUGCUAGUUGCACAAAGGGUGACUGCUUGCUUGCACUUGUAGUUGCUGAAGUCCUGAAAAAUAAGAGGGAAGAUAAAUGUUUAGGAAGAACAGCCAGUUCUGUUUGGCGAUGUGAACCCAGGCAGUCAACUGUAAAUAGGAUUGCUAAAGAGUUAGUAUCAAAAUAAUGUCUUACGAGUGUAUAUUUCUAGUAGAAUAUCUUGAACAAAAUAUUGACAUAAUGUACCUUUGAACUGAUUCUUUUAUAGUAUCUUGCUUUGCUA